AGCCCCUCACUCUCUCCAAGCAAUCAGCCAAACCCCGCUAGCGCCACGCAAAGCACUAUCACCCCUAAAACACACAACAGAGAGACCAUCCAUCGACCGGCACACAUGGCUCCGAGGACGUCCGCGACGCUGGUGCUGGCCAUGGUGCUCGCGGCGACCGUGUUGGCGCCGCCGGCGAUGGUGCGCGCGGCCAUAUCGUGCUCGGCGGUGUACAGCACGCUGAUGCCGUGCCUGCAGUUCGUGCAGGGGGGCGGGGCGCCGUCCAGGGGCUGCUGCAGCGGCAUCCAGAGCCUGCUGGCCGAGGCCAACAACACCCCGGACCGCCGCACCAUCUGCGGCUGCCUCAAGAACGUCGCCAACGGCGCCUCGGGCGGGCCCUACAUCACCCGCGCCGCCGCCCUGCCCUCCAAGUGCAACGUCGCGCUGCCCUACAAGAUCAGCCCCGACGUCAACUGCGACUCGAUACACUGAGGUCUGCCUUGGACGCGCGUCGACGUCUUCCCUGCCGUGGAUUCGAUCAUGUCGGAGAAUAAAUUGGUGCUGGCAUUGAAGCUUAGCUUGCUAGGCUUGGCGGCCAGAUCUGUGUCGUUUUAGUCGUCGUCGUCGUUUGUGGUUUAGGAUCUGAGCUAGUCUCGAAAUUAAGUGACUCGUGUUGCAGCCUGCGCGCCGGUAUGUUCCGCGAGCAGAGUGUGGUGAGGCUCGAGUAUAUUUGUGCUUCGUAAUGCAUGUGCGUGUGGCUAAUAAUGUAAUUGUUAUUCGUGAUUUGAUCCGUAUGGGUUAAUUUCCUAGUGAACUGGAGUAGUAUCUGUUUUCAGUUUAUGUACCUGAAGUCCUGAACACGGCUCUGAAUGUUGGCCAGUCUA